CACUGGGUGACUUCACAGAAGAGGAAACCAUUCCUAGGAACUCUACACAGGACUUGUUGAAUGAAAAAAACCCAGAGUUUUCUUUGUUGCCAGUUUGGAUUUAAAAAGAUGAAUACGGUGGUUUUGGUAACAGGAGCUAAUAGUGGCAUUGGCCUGGGACUGUGUGAGCGUCUCCUCUCACUGGACACAGAGGGUCUCCAGCUUUGUCUGGCCUGCAGGAACCUGCGCAGGGCUGAAGGUGCCCGCUCGGCUCUCCUCACCUCUCACCCCACAGCCCACGUGGCCCUGCUGCAGAUGGACACCAGCAGCAUCUCCUCCGUCAUCAGUGCUGCACAGGAGGUCAAACGGAGGUAUGACCGGCUGGACUACCUUUACCUGAAUGCAGGGAUCAUGCCAAACCCACAGUUUGAUGUAAAAGCCUUUUUCAGAGGCCUCUUCUCCAGAAAUGUCAUCACAAUGUUUUCCACUGGUGAGGGGAUUCUGACACAGCAGGAUGGUGUCACCCCUGAUGGCCUGCAGGAAGUUUUUGUGACCAAUCUCUUUGGUCACUUUCUUCUAGUCAGGGAGCUGGAGCCGAUCCUGUGCCAUGCAGGCCGGACCUCCCAACUGAUCUGGACCUCCUCUAGUAAUUCUCAUCGUUCAGCCUUUAGUCUUGAAGACAUUCAACAUAAAAAAGGCACUCAGCCUUACAGCUCUUCUAAAUAUGGCUCUGAUUUGCUCAGCCUGGCACUCAAUACACACUACAAUAAACAGGGUUUGUACUCAUCUGUCAUUUGUCCUGGUUUUGUGAUGACCAAUCUGACCUACAACAUCCUGCCAUCCUUCCCAGCCUUCCUCUGGACUCUGCUUAUGCCUGUCUUCUGGCUUAUAAGAAUGUUCACAAACACUUUCACAUUGACGCCUCAAAAUGGAGCUGAAGCCCUGUUUUGGUUGUUUAAGCAAAAGCCUGAGUCACUGGACCCAUAUGCAAAGUAUCACAGCUUAACGUCUGGGAUGGGAAACAGCUACACACAGGCCUGUAAGAUGGACAUUGAUUUGGAGACAUCAGAGUCUUUGUAUGAGAAAUUGCUGCAGCUAGAAAGUGAAGUGAGGAAGAAACUGAAAGACGAACAAAAGGAAUCCCAUCAUGAUCCCCCAAAUCCUGCAGGAUCAUUUUGAUGCAUAUCACACACUUCUGGAUGGAAAGGAUUUUAUUCCUGUCUCACGGGUCUCCUGGAAGGAUCAUGUGCUCUAACUGUCAGAGCAACAGUCCAGCCUGAAUUUAAAGUGGGAACUGAUGAGUGGUAUGCAUGUUGUAAUAGUUUUAUAGUUUGAUUUUACAAUAAAUGAGCAUAGCAUCUUCCACUAAUUCCUAUUCACGAGACUUUGCAAAUUAUUAUGAUCUAUUAAAACAGUUUUAUAAAUACGCAGGAACUGACUGUAUACCACUAUGCAUUCCAGGAGGACUUUCUCCAAUCUGGUUGUUAAUCCCGUGAUCUUCACGGCAAAAUGCCGUGCAGUCUGACAGUAGACUAUCUGUGUCUUCCCAAAAGUUGAUGUAAGUACUUUGUGUAAGCCUCUCAGAGGUGUACGGCGGUGCCGGCAGGUGCGCACAAGCGCUCUUGAAAUACACCGCCGGAGGAUCCGGGGCGGAAACCCAGCAGUCAUCUCCGUGGUCCGCUGUUUCUUUUCCAGUCUCGCAUUCCUCCUCUGCUCCGCUCAAUUUCGGGUUGCAAAAAGCCCAAACCAUCCCGCAGAAAUACACGAAAAACGUGCCCAUGACCAUAAUCAUGAGCGCGUAAGCCUCUAUCAUCGCUUUGGUGACUGGAGACGUCAUUUUGCGCAUAUACAGGAUUACCAGGCAGACUACCGAAAGUCUGCUCGGGAGGGGACAGUCAGUGAAAGUAGCAUCACCGUCGGGGGCUGGACCACUCCGUAACGCGAGACAGACACAGAAAACAGAUGAUUCCGUUCAAAGUCGUGAGAUAGCUACGGAGGCUCUCAGCAGAGGCAACAACAUCAAGCUAAAUGCUGCUUCUCAUAACAACAGUGUGGUUUUUUUAAAGCCUUGUUUUGUGUUUGGUUGCCAUUCCAACCAAUGGCAAUACUGCACAUAUAAAUAUUUAAUAUUUCUUUGGUGCCUAUAGGUUAUGUCUGAUAUUCAUGAAUGAAGUACAACCCACUUUCCAAAUAGCACCUGUAAAUUAUAAACACAAACAAAAGUACAGUAGGUUACAGAUCAGUUCAGCCACCUUUUUAAUGAAAAUAGCACAAAGACAACAAAUGUUGAAGGCACCAACAAUGUUGAAAGGCAUAUACAGGUUUUAUGCGGCCAUCUUCUUCAGGGAAGGGCUUGCAUAUUUCAGCAAAAUAAAACUAAACUGCAUACUGCAUCUAUUACAACAGCAUAGCUUCAUAGUAGACAAGUCUGAGUGCUGAACUGGCCUGCCUGCAGUCCAGACCUUUCACCAGCUGAAAUCAUUUGGGGCAUCAUAAAAUGAAAAAUGCAACAAAGAGGAUCCAGAUGUCAUGCUGCCAUCAAAAUCAAAUAUUUUUCUUAAAAUGGUAAAUUUUCUCACUUUAAUCAUUGGAUGUUUUCUGUGUUCUAUUGUGAUCAAAAUAUGGGUUUAUGAGAUUCACCAAUCACUGCAUUCUGUUCUUAUUUACAUUUUAUACGGUAUCCCGGCUUUUUUGAAGCUGGGGUUGUACAAUGUUUCCAAUUCCUUCCUUUUUACCCUUUUUAUGACAUUUUUUAAAAUGUGUAAUACAAUUCGAAUUUCAGCACCUGAUAUGUUGCCUUUCUAGUGUUUUCAUUUAAAUACAAAUUAGGAUUUGCAAGUCAUUGCAUUGGAAAUGGCCAUUUGUCUUCCUGACAGUCUCACUGGGCAAUGUUCCCUAACAACCCUAUCAGCUGGCAGUCUCCUUACUUUCUUUUUAAGGUCAAAUAAAAGCACCAGCAUCUCCCAAAAUACCACCAAUGAUCAGUGAGACAUUCAAACUUGGGUUUAGUGUCUUUUCUAAGCCACAUAUAAUAUGUUAAACCAGGUAUGAAUAACUAACAAUUUUUAGUUGAAGUCUAAUCAAAUCUAAAGAUUAAAAUAUAAAACUAUAACCUGUGUUAG